AUGGUAGAGUGAGGUGAACUGAUAAUCAAGACAAACACCGCAGAAAGGCUGAAGAUCAAACCAGAGUCCUGACAUACUGUGCAUCAAAUAUUUUUAUUGGAUAAAAACACAGUGAUCACAGUUCACACCUGCAGUGAAGCUCCUCCCACAACAAUUCACCAAUAAAUACUGGGAUUAUUCCAAUCAUCCUACAAGAGAAGGACAAACUCCAGGAGUAGCAGCUGAAAUCUGUGUGACUGUUAAAGAUGGAGUUUAUUAAAGAGGAGAUUGAAGACAUGAGUGAUCCAGAACCAUCUAGAAUAAAACAUGAAGAUACUGAGGAACAAACAGACCAGGUGAGAGUGAAAGAGCAAAGACGAGAACUGAAUGAAGUGGAGGAGGAACAUCGUAACUUUACAAUUCGAAGAACAAAAGCCAAAAAGAGGCACACCUGCACUCACUGUGGAAAGAGUUUCACAGACAAAGGAACCCUUAACAAACACAUGAGAAUUCACACUGGAGAGAAACCGUAUACAUGCACUCAGUGUGGAAAGAGUUUCACACAGAAAGGACACCUUAACAGACACAUGAGAAUUCACACUGGAGAGAAACCAUGUACAUGCACUCAGUGUGGAAAGAGUUUCUCACAGAAAGGAAACCUUAACAAACACAUGAGAAUUCACACUGGAGAGAAACCGUAUACAUGCACUCAGUGUGGAGAGACUUUCACACAGAAAGGAACCCUUAACAGGCACAUGAGAAUUCACACUGGAGAGAAACCGUAUACAUGCACUCAGUGUGGAAAGAGUUUUUCUCAUUCAUCAAAUCUCAGUGUUCAUCUGCGUGUUCACUCUGGAGAAAAGCCAUUUAACUGUGAUCAGUGUGGUAAAGAUUUUAGUGUAUCAGAAACUCUAAAACAACACCUGAAAGUUCAUUCAGAUGAGAAGCCUUAUGUGUGUUCUCUCUGUGGUAAGAGUUUUUCAAGGCUGUACAAUUUUAAACAGCACCAAAAAACACAUAAUGAAGUGAGAGAUUAUAUGUGCUUUGACUGUGGGAAGAGCUUUACUAGACCUGGUGAACUGAAACUGCAUCAACGAGUUCAUACUGGAGAAAAACCUUACAAGUGCUCACACUGUGACAAGAGUUUCACUCAGUCUGGAUUCCUGAAAUCACACGAGCGAGUUCACACUGGAGAGAAGCCGUACUACUGUACUCAGUGUGGAAAGAGUUUCACCCAAUCAAGUAAUCUAGUGACUCAUAUUAGAAAGCAUUGUUCUGUGUCACAGUGAGAAAAUGUUUUGUUAGAUUCAAAUAAAGUAAAUGUUUAGCUAGUUAAACUAAUAAACUAUUGUUGCUGCAAGAUUUGUUUUAUCUGUUGGAGAACAAGAAUGAUUAAAAUC